AUGGCGACUGCAAACGGCGGAUCGGGCGAGAAGACAUUCUUCGAGCAACAGCGAGAAUAUCUGAUCGGUGAUGUGGCUGCUGUGAGUGGGCUGGAAUGGGAGGAGCCACUCUCCCACUGGAUGCUAAUGUUUCGCAGAGCCUCGAGAACGUACUGCAGAACAUCAACAAGCUCAAUCGGAGUCUAGAAGGGGUCAUUGCGGUAUGAGAUUUCAUCUCUUAGUUGAGAAGGAAAACUGAUGUUUCCGCGAAGGUCGGCAAUGAGUUCAGCCAAGUCGAAGGCCUGUGGUCCCAAUUCGAGAACGUGAUGGCAAAGGGACCCGAUAAAGAGGAGCCGAAGGAGACCAAAGAAGGGGCUACAGAAGGCUCGUGA